AUGUUUCCCACUCGUGCUUUAUUUGCCUCGGCGCGGCUGACCUUAUUUACACGCGCCGGCUGUGGUCUCUGUGAUAACGCCAAAAACACCGUGCUGCAAUUCCAGAAACGCCGGUCCUUUGAAUACGUGGAGCAAGAUAUCAUGGCGCCCGGGAAUGAACCGUGGAAGGAGGUGUAUGACUUUGACGUGCCUGUUCUUCAUGUUCAGUCGGUGAAGGAUGGGUUGCCCAGGCAGGCAGAGCUCUCCGAUGCGCGCAAGUUGUUUCAUCGGAUGACGGAGGCGGAAGUCGAGCAGUCGGUAGACGAGGCUGAGAAGGAAUAA